AGGCAAAUAAGCCCAACUUCCAGUAUUAAGUUACUGUGGCAAAGGUCCAGCAAUGAAGUUUUGGCAAUCAUCUCAUACAUUCCAGCACCCCUGGUCAACCGUUACCCAAGCCUUCUGGAGGAAGUAUCCAAAUGAUUUCCAAUCUUCCGUAUACGGCACUGAUGUGAUAGAACGAUAUGUGGAUUUAGAUGGGAAGUUGCACAGCAAACGAAUUAUUAUCAGCGACUGGAACGUCCCAUCUUUCAUGAAGUUCUUCUUUGGGGAUGCGAGAGGAUAUGCUGUGGAGUACAGUAUUGUUGAUCCUGUUGAACAAACUCUAACCUUGAGGUCUCAAAACAUCAAUGCAGCCUCAAUGUUUGCAAUGCGAGAAGAAAUUGUAUAUAAAAGUGUUGGAGAAACAACUCACCUAGACCACGCAGCUAAGUUCUUAUUUAGCGUGUCUCGAUUAGUGGACGAUGCUGCUGAGAAUUGGUUGGUUGGUACCAUGACUGACGCUGCUCGAGAAGGACUUAAGGCAAUGGAGUCGAUAACACAGAAGGUGGAGGAGGAAAUGCUCACAGCAUUCUCUGCAAUAGACGAAAUCUCUUCAGAAACACUUCGGACAGUAGACUUUUUUGCGUCGGACACCCGAAAAUCCAUCGACUCGAGUAUUACAGAUGCUGAAAAGUUCAUCGACUCAAGUAUUACAGAUGCUGAAAAGUUCAUCGACUCGAGUAUCGAGUAUAUAGACUCAAGCGUGGACUCGUUAACUCAGAACCCAGAAGUUGACUUCUCCUGAUAGUGGCCCCCUGUAUAUUAAUAUUAGUGUUUUUAGAGAUUUGGUACAUGUUAUUGUAAUAUAGACAGACCCUCCCUCACACCUCUUGUAUCAUAUCUCGCUGGUUGUAACGCAACUCUUCUCAAUUGUUUACAUGAUCUCCGAGGAACGUGAUCUUUAUAGUGACGUUAAUGUGUUUUUACCUUUAUUUGGCCCCUCUUAGAAAACAAAUUUAUUGAGUAUUGGAACUCAUGUAAUAUGCUGUGUCUCGAUGUGACGAGCAAAGGUACAGAUUAGAAAUAUAUAGUGAUAGAAGCUCUUUAAAAGCUGUCAGUAUGCCAUUAUAGAACUAUCAAGUUAGUGAAAUCUGAUCUCGAAUAGUUCUCUUAAUUAAUUUCAGAAUUUACAGUUGUCAUGUAUUCGUUUACAGGAUACACAGUAUACUCCUAAUAAGCGUACGAUACGCAUUCUUUAGUCUUUUAAUUUAUUCGAUUCAGUUAAUUUUGUAACCCGUCAUUUAUAAUGAUUUUCAUUA